CAUGUGAGCCUGGUCUUCAGCCGAAGGAAGACGCUUUUGGAGUGGGGGGAAAACAUCCCAGCUUUGGCAGCCGUUGUGAUGUCCACCUACAAGCGGGCCACUCUGGACGAAGAGGAGCUGGUGGACUCCCUGGAGGGAGAGAUCUACUCCAAUGGGAUCCAGGUGAACUUCCGCGGGCCAGGGGCCAGGAAGGGCUGCUGGGCGCAGCGGCCGAGCCCAGAGAAGCGCCUCCUGAUCCUGACCCUUAUCCUGUUCUUGGGUCUGUUGGCCUGUCUGUCUGUCCUGCUCUUCCAGUACCAGACGCAGCCCUGCCUGACUCAGACCUGCAUCUCGGUGACCAGCUCCAUCCUCAGCUCGCUGGAUCAAGGCGUGGACCCCUGCGAGGACUUCUUUCGCUACGCCUGCGGCGGCUGGAUCAAGAGCAACCCGAUCCCCGACGGCCACUCCCGCUGGGGGAUCUUCAACAAGCUUUGGGAACACAACCAGGCCGCCCUCAAGAGCCUCCUGGAGAACACCACGGCCCCCUCGUCGCUGAGCGAGGCCGAACGCAAAGUGCAGCGUUAUUACCAGUCCUGCAUGAACGAGAGCCGAAUAGAGGAGCUGCAGGCCAAACCGCUGAUGGAUCAGAUCCAGAAGCUCGGAGGCUGGAAUCUCAGCGCCCCCGCUGGAGAGGGCAGCUUUAACCAGCUGCUGCUGGCUGUGGUGGCCCACUACCACCUGAGCCCCUUCUUCUCCAUCUCUGUCAGCGUCGACUCCAAGAAUUCCAGCACUAACAUCAUUCAGAUUGACCAGUCGGGACUGGGAAUGCCCUCCAGGGACUACUACCUCAACAAAACCCAGAACGAGAAAUUCCUGGCGGCUUACCUGAACUUCAUGGUUCAGCUUGGCAUGUUGGUCAGCGGGGAGGAGGAGGCCACGAUCCGGCCACAGAUGCAGGAGAUCUUGGACUUCGAGACCACCUUGGCCAACAUCACCACCCCGCAGGAGAAGCUCCGAGAUGAGGAAGUGAUCUACCACAAAAUGGCUGCCGGGGAGCUCAAGGAGGUGGCUCCAGCCAUCGAGUGGCUGCCCUUGCUGAAGGAAUUCUUCGACCCGGUCGAGAUCAACGAAUCGGAACCGGUAGUGGUCUACGCCAAGGAGUAUCUCCAUCGUGUCUCCCUGCUCAUCCAGAGCACGGACAAGAGGGUGUUGCGUAACUACAUGAUUUGGCACCUGGUGAGGAAAGGAGCGAAUUUCUUGGACCAGCGGUUUCGAGACGCGGAGCAGAAGUUCGUGGAAGUCAUCUACGGAUCGAAGAAGGCCUGCGUGCCGCGUUGGAAGCACUGCAUCGUCGACACAGAUAACAGCCUGGGUUUCGUCUUGGGCGCCAUGUUUGUGAGGACCAACUUUGCCGAAGACAGCCGGGCCGUCGCCGAGGAGAUGAUCCUGGAGAUUAAAAUGGCGCUGGAGGAAAGCCUGGCCAGCCUUGGGUGGAUGGACGAGGAGACCCGGCGGUCAGCCAGGGAGAAGGCUGACGCCAUCUAUGACAUGAUUGGCUACCCAAAGUUCAUCCUGGACCCCAAAGAGCUGGACAAAGUCUUCCACGACUACGACCCCGUGUCUGACCUGUACUAUGAGAACGUCAUGCAGUUCUCCAACUUCUCCGCCCGGGUGGCGGCUGACCAACUUCGCAAGCCUCCGAACCGCGACCAGUGGAGUAUGACCCCGCCGACGGUGAACGCUUAUUACUCCCCCACCAAGAACGAGGUCAUCUUCCCCGCGGGAAUUCUGCAGUCUCCAUUCUACACGCGGAACCACCCCAAGGCUGUCAAUUUUGGGGGGAUUGGUGUCAUGGUGGGCCACGAGCUGACGCACGCCUUUGACGAUCAAGGACGCGAGUACGACAAAGACGGCAACCUCCGUCCCUGGUGGAAAAACUCCUCAGUGGAGGCCUUCAAGGAGCACACCCAGUGCCUGAUGGAGCAGUACGGCAACUACUCCGUCAACGGAGAAGCUGUGAAUGGGAAGCACACUCUGGGGGAGAACAUUGCGGACAACGGGGGACUGAAGGCCGCCUACCGGGCCUAUCGGAACUGGGUGAAGAAGAAUGGGGAGGAGGCAUCUCUGCCGGCCCUUGGCCUCACCAACGACCAGCUUUUCUUCGUUUCCUUUGCCCAGGUCUGGUGUUCCGUCCGCACGCCGGAGAGCUCCCACGAAGGACUUGUCACUGACCCCCACAGCCCUUCCCGCUUCCGGGUCAUCGGGACGGUUUCCAACUCCAGGGCCUUUGCCAAGCACUUCCAGUGCAGGCCCGGUUCGCCUAUGAACCCCCUGCAGAAAUGUGAAGUUUGGUGAGUUUUCUCCCCGCAGGAGGAAGGAAAAACAAACAAACCCCAAAACGGGGUGCCCACACAGGACCGCUUAACAUGCCACUUCCUCCGUGUUAAAAGACAAAAGGGAGGCUGCCCCUUUCGGGGCUCCCUGGAAAAAACAAAAACCUCCCCACGCUCUUCGCUGCAAAGGGACUCCAGAAGGACCCCCCCCCCUUUGCGUGGCGUCCACUCGCCACCGAAACCUUCCCACCGCAUCUCCCGUGGACGGAGGCGAAGCUUCGUCGGUGCACUGACGCUUCCUUCCCUGAGCCAACUUUCCAAUCGCUUGCCACUUUUCCAAAGGGUUAAACUGAUACCAGGGGGGGACACACAGAAUCUUCUUCUUUUUUAAAAAAAUAAAAAAUAAAGACAUUGUUUUUACAACCUUGCAGAACACUGGAAAAAAACAAAUUCGGAGAGGUUGCGGGGCGGGGAAAUGUAUGGGACGUUUAAAAUGUUAGGAUUAUCUUGGUCUCGACUCUCUCGCUCUUUCUCUCUCUCGCUUUUCCAAACGAACAGAUAGGGAAAAGCCUUUCUUUUUUUUUUAGUCGAUGCGUAUUCCUCCACCCUUGGAGAGGGAAAUGGGGCCGGGGUCUCCCUGAGUUGGUGAGACGCCCUUCUGGCUUCAGGACCCCGGGAUCUGCCCCGGGUCCCUUACCAGGCAUUUGGUGUCGGGCGUGGGGUUGUGUCCUCAGAAGCUGACCUGUUCUCUCCAUUGAGCGUUUCUGUUUCGAAUUAAAGAGAAGGGAUGAGAGUUAAGCAGGGGCCGCACUGAGGGUGCCCCUCCCCAUCCAAAAGCGGGGGCCCUCAGCCCCAGGGUUGCCUGGGCUGAGUUAGGAGGGGGGCUCUGGGCUCCUGGGCACAGGAAGAUGUCGCCAAAAAGCAGGCACCGAGCGAAGCCUCUCCUUCUGGGCUCCUUGGCAGAAGAGGGGGUGUGGGGUUAACCUGAGAAGUUUUUUAUCCCCUGAUGUCAAGGAGAGGUAGGUGUGAAGUCCUGUGCCCGUUUUAAUGCCAGCAAAGCUUUCCUGCCACCAGCCCUCCUCGUCCAAAGCUUUGACAGCUUCUAUGCAGAACCUGGCAAUUAAAACUCCCCAAACUACUUACGGGGUUAUUUGUUCAGCGCCCCUGAAGGUGUUUCGCGAGGGAUCCAGGGAUCUCUUCCGAUCAGCCUUUUCCCAAGAAAUGGGUCCCCCGUGUAGCUCCAUCGUGAAGUCCAAUCAAGUGAGGAGAAAGUUGGUUCUGGAUGGAUCUUGCCUUCCUUCCCCCAGGGGAGGGUUGUUGUUGUGUGUUUUUUGGCUGGAGUGGGAAAGCCGAUGGUUUUAAGGGUUCCUCCGGUGGGAAUAUGUGGGGUUUUUCCCGCUGUUGUUCCUCCUGCACGAAGCCGAAAUGGUAUCCAGAUGUGCAAUCCGCUUUCGGUAAUUGGAUCUCCCGGGAAAGGCUGCCAAUGGCUUCCAGAUGUGCCCCUUGUGGUUUUGAAGGGAUGGAAUUGGUGUGGGUGUGUUUUGUCAAGGCGGCUCUUCUGCCCCGUGGCCCUAGGAAAGGAAUGUCCCCCCCCCUCACCCUUUCGCCCCUCCAUAAAUUCUCCGGGGUGCCGCGAAUUGAUCCUUCUGAGAUAGGGGAGAAAAAAAAGAUCUGCGAGGAAUCUGCACUACCCCAACUCUGAAUGGAUCUUCUGCUCGGCCAGUUUGUUCUUUUUUUAAACUCUUCCUGCCUUUAGGAAGGACUGUUAGUUUGGAAAUAAACGCCUUUUUACCACG